UCUCGGCAACAGAGGUCUUCUCCUGAUCGAAUGGCGAUCUCUGGAUGUUCUUCUUCAAAGCGGAAUGCUGGAAGGGGAAUGAUGAAACAUUUGCCCAAGUUUGUGCUCGUUCGUAGUUGGAAUAAGUUUUUUAAGCUCCUCAUCAUUUAUGGAGUUAAUGUAGCUGCAUUCGUGGCUGGUUUGGCAAAGGCCGCAGAUGAUGUGGAUGAGACGCAUAAAGAAUUUUGGGCCAAUAUACAGGCUUUCCUGAUGACUCUGUCUUACGUACUAUCAGCCGCCAAUUGCCUCCACGAACCGAAUGAAAAGGAAAGAGCCUGGAAUGUGUUUAAGUUUCUGAUGUUGGUAGCCCUAUUCCUAGUGGAUGUCUACCUCGUGCAGCUCACUUACUCAAAGAAGGGAAAGGAUAUUUCUGCAGAGGACAAAGAACAUUAUGCCAGUAUUCAACUAGUAUUGUUCCUUUCUUCUAGCCUUUUGUCAGCUGUCAGCUCCCAUGUUAAACUGCUGCAAAAUGAAGGUGAACCUGCUGCAUGCACAAGAUGGCCAUGA